UCGGCGUCCACAAGAUCAUCAGCAUCUGCAAGAUCUAUAGCACUAAGGAUUAGGAGUGCAGCGAUGAAACGGUCAAGAUCAACAUCUGCCAUACCGAUAAAUGCAAGUAUUUCAGAAGUAGCUGCCUCCCCUAAAAAGCAGGUGACUCCACAAAAAAAGGCUGUUGCGCAAAAGAAGUAUAAAACUACUAGAAAAUCUUCCUCUCCCAAGAAGCGUCAAACUACAUCAAGAAAAGUGAAGCUGAUCAUGACUGCUGAGUUAAAGAAAGGAGCAUCAUCAAGUAAGUCGUCCAAAAAGUCAAGUUCCACAAACAACAAGGUCGCUGCUUAUGAUGAUGAUGAAAACAUAACCGGUGGAUUAAAGCUGUUGAAGUGAGGGAUGGUAACUAUGAGCCGCAUCACAAAUAGACUUAUCCGAGGAAAGAAGCUAACUGUCAAGUUCAAUGAUAAAGGGGAACCUGUUGGUAAGGUGGCAAAUGAAAUGCAAUCUUACAUAGGAGUGUUGGCUCGUACAAAGAUCCCAAUCUCAAUACCGGAUUGGAGAGACGUCGAUCCAGAUGAAAAGGAAAAAAUUUGGGAAUCAAUAACGGAUGCAUUUGUCAUACCUAAAGAAUGUCGGAAAAUGGUGAUCACAUCAGCUGCAAAUAAAUGGAGAGAGUUCAAGAGCAAAUUGACUAAUUUAUACAUUAUCCCUUACAUGAAUGAACCUGAUCUCUUGGAAUUUCCACCGGAUGAUUACCGAAGCAUAACGAAAGACAAUUGGCAAACCUUUGUUGCUGACAGGCUUUCAGCUAGUUUUCUGGAAGUACGUGAGUCUCAAAUUAUGAAAAGAAAGGAGAAUAAAUACCCUCACCGUAUGGCACGCAAAGGGUAUGCAAAUUUGCAAGAAGAAUUGUCUGAAAGUAUGCCGUUGGAACAACUGGAUCGAGCUACAAUGUGGAUUAAGGCAAGGCAAGAUAAGAAUGGUCAGUUCAAACAAGCUGAGGUAGAGGAGACAGCAAAAAAAAUUGAAAACUUAAAGAAAAGGGAGGCUGAAGGGGAGAUCACCACAUCUGGGUCUGAAGAUGUGCUGACUAUUGCGUUGGGGAAUCCUGAGCAUCAUGGAAGGGUUAGAGGUGUUGGUGGGACUGUGAAGCCGGCUGCCUAUUUUCAUUUGCCAAAACGGCAGAGAAAGAGUGUGGAAGAGACAGUGAGAUCAUCAGUGAAGCAGAUAUUGGAGGAGGAGAAGGAUUGUUUAAUUGCUAAGGAAAGAGCUAAAUGGGAGGAGGAGAGAGAUAGACAGUUGGCUGAGGAAAGAGCUUAUUGGAGUGAGAAGAUUGCAAGGAUAGAAGCAAAGAUUGACGGGAAGGAGUUGGCUGUUGAUACACCCAAAUCUGCCACACUAGUCAAUGAAGUUGGUUCAUGACAAAGGAGCUGCUCCCGUCCAGGUGAAAAAGGUGUAAAUUGUAAUGGAGAAAUUGAGAUAGUGACAACUGCAAAGAAGAAGUUGGAUUUAAGAGACGAUGUGAACAAUAUCGUACUUGAAAAGGAACUUGUGCAUGCCACUGAUGAGAAGGCAAAGCCAACUGCGGUAUUGGAAGAGAAGUCAAGAGGUGUCUUUGCUGUUCCAAAGGCACGAGUAAAUGAUGCAGAGGUCUCAUUAGGUCAGAACGAGUGCAAACUGGCCAUUGAUUCGGUGGAAAACAUUGUAGCCAUUGGAACAAUCAUUAAUGUCGACCUUGAGACCAACCAGCAAACUAUCCAUGGCGCUUCAUUGGGAGAGGAAAAUGUACGCGUCUCUAUCAUUCGGACUUUGGUUCCUGAAGCUUUGCUACCAUUUCCCAUAAAAGAUGAGAUAGUAACACUUAAGGAUGCCAUUGGGACUUGUGUUGCU